CCCUAGGAACCAGCACACAGUAGCCAAUCACCGGAGUGAACGGGUUAAUGCGCUAUCUUCCUUGGCUGCCGCUUCACGACGUGGCCCUUCCUGCGCUGGAUGACGAGAAGGGUAUUAGAAACAUCGGAUUGUAGCAUCCGGGACCCUAGAUCUAUGAACGCUCUUUGUGUUCUCACUUGCUACAGCACUUUCUCCUUGGACGGUCAUAGGGGGCCGACGAAAGCGUAUGGGUACUAAGCGCUUUUACUCUGCAGCGCGGUGAAUCCUCCUAUAUAUGCGCGUCCUCGUCAGCUGCAGAGGAGCCCAACACCGACACCAAAGCACUAAUGGAUUACCUCCACAAGCUAGCUGAACAUCUCCCAUCUUCCGUUACAGAUCAGGCUACGCUAACCCCGGUCACUGGGGCAGUUGCAGCCUUCACCGCUUUCCUCGCCCUGUACGCGAUCAAGAACGCCUCUUCUUCCAGCCAAAAGAGGAGCCUUCUACCUCCCGGGCCACCGACGAAGUGGUUCUGGCAGAACCCUUUCCCUGAGAAGGAUGUCGCCCGCAGCCUCGCUGCGCUGGCGAACCAAUACGGCGGUGUGUACACUUUAAGCGCCGGGAGCAACAACUUUGUCGUGGUGGCCAGCUACGAUGCCGCCCUUGAGAUUAUGGAGAAGGCUGGAGGCUCGACUGUCGAUCGCCCGCGUGCGGUCGUCGCCAGUGAGCUUAUGGCACGGUCGGGCCGUCUCUUAUUUGAGGGCGCUGGAGAUCAUUUCCGUACCGUGCGCAAGUAUGUGACACCUCUCCCCCCUUUGACGAUGAGUGCGCUGACUAAGGAGGAUGAAAGGGCAGUGCACACGGCACUGCAGCCUAAAGCAGCCAAGGGCUAUCAAACGAUCCAGAUCGACCACGCUCGCCACGUUAUCCUGAACAUCAUGGCUGACCCAGACAAGUUCGCGGACCAUCUCCAGGCCUACGCUUCCUCCGUAACCAUACAAAUUAUGUACGGAAAAUGCACGCCAACCUCCGCCUCCUCCCCAGAAGUCCAGCGCAUCCUGCUAGCCGGGAAAAACGGCGGCACUGCGCUCGUCCCGGGGCGUUUCAUCAUCGAGUCGUUGCCCGCCCUGAAGCCGUUCCACCGCCUCGGAGGGAUGAAGGGCAUCUGCGACGCGCUCGAGAACACACCAGGGCUUUGGUGGCUCGGCAGGGCACUCGGCGCGUUUGGGUGGGAGAUGGCCGAAUGGGCGCGGCAUGAACAGGAGCUGGGGGACGAUAUGAUGGGGAGAGUACAACGGGAGAUGGCUGAAGGUACCGCUGGGCCGUCCUUCAUGCGCAACAUGAUCGAGACGCAGGACGAACACAAACUUCCCAACUACGAGCUCGCUGAGCUCACGUCCAUCCUCUUUGGGGCGGGUAGUGACACGACCACGGUUGGCCUGAACUUUGCGAUGCUCGCGGCGGCAGCGUUCCCUGAAGAACUCAAGAAAGUUCACCAGGAGCUCGAUAGGGUUGUUGGGGGUGAGCGAGCGCCGAACUUUGACGAUAUGGGCAACCUUCCGCUCCUGCAGGCGUUCAUUGAGGAGGUACUCCGCUGGCGCCCUAUUAUACCUAUUGGCAUUGCGCAUGGGGCGAACAAGGAUGUGCAUUAUAACGGUUUCGUCAUUCCAGAGGGUACGAUGGUCCUUGGCUCUCACUGGGCCAUCUCGCGCGACCCUACCGCCUACCCCAACCCCGAAUGCUUCCUCCCCUCCCGCUGGCUUGAGAACCCCAGCUCCCCACCAUCCUCUGCAAAGCUCCGCACCGACCUCCGUUUCUUCACAUACGGCUUCGGACGACGCGUCUGCCCCGGGCAGCACGUCGCGAGCCGCUCGCUGUUCCUCAACAUUGCGCUCAUCUUCUGGGCAUUCGAUGUUGUGCGCCCAAGCAAGGACACGGUGUACGAUCUAGAUGGGUGGAAGGAUACGGCGGUGACGAAGCCGCCGCCAUUUAAGGUGGGGUUUGCCAAGAGGUUGGACGAGGGCGUUGUGAGGCGGGCGUUGGAUGAGAUGGGCGGUGAUAACUAG